UUUUGGGUUAGUUUUUAACAUCGCCGCCAGCUUGUUCCACCUGUCCGUGUCGGCGCGUACCGUAGGUGACGUCCGAUCAUUAAUCAUCGAUUAUCACGAAUUGGAGCGCUCGGUGUGGUUCUCGCCGACGAAUUCUCGUUUGUUCGCUGCUACGAUUAUGCUGCGGGCUGCGUGAAAGUGACCGAAAGUCCGACAGACCCAACGUUGAUCUAAACGUGUGGAGUGUGUGCGUGCGUGUGGUGCAGGCCGAGAUCGCUGUGCUGUGUGCUCGUAGUGUGUGCUUGUGGCCGCAGCAGGCGGACCUCCAUUUUAGUCAGUCGCAGGACGCAGGGGACUGUGAGUGUGUGAUUUGGAGCACGCCAGCGUUCCGACGCCCAGUGCUAGUGUAACCAAAGUUGAGACUUCGUGUGCCAUCUCGAUCCUAAAUUCUAUCUGACGCCUCCUAGCAGGAUUCGUGGGCGCUGCAAAUCGUUCCUGUUGCUGGGCAGCGUAUUAAAACUGUUAUUCAAUUGACAUUUUCGACCGAAAUGUUUUAAAAUCACUUCAAUAAUUUUCGAUCUAUUUCUAUCUUUCGAUCUGAAUUUGUAAUGUAUCAGGCUGUGCUAUAAAAAAAGUUAUACAUUUAGCCAUUUCGCAUCAAAGAUCUGCUAGUGCAUCUCAAAUAUAUAUUAAAUUCGUCGAUAAACACAUCGCCCGAUACAGAAAAUAUGAGUCGCAAUCAAGGACAGCGUGUACAUGUUCCUGAUGAUCUAAGAGAAGUCCUGCUCGAAUUCACAAUCACUUAUUUGCUAGAGCAACCUGGUGAUGUAAUUAACUAUGCUGCCGAAUAUUUUACAAGACUGCGAGAUGCGCGUCAAACGGAUGUAAUCUAUGAAGGAAAAACUAUGGGAUCCCCUUCAUCUCCAGAGGAAUCCAUCAUUGGAGAAGAAGAGCCACCCGUUGCGAGGUUCAACGUAAGGCGCAAGUCGGUCUUCGCCGAAACAUACGAUCCUGAAGAGGACGACGAUGACGAAGGCAAUAAGGUUGUCUAUCCAAAGUCGGACGAGCAACGCCAGCAGCUUGCCGAGGCGGUGAAGAACAUCUUGCUCUUCCGGCCGCUUGAAAAGGAGCAAAUGAAUGAAGUUUUCGACGCAAUGUUUGAACGCAAAGUCGUCGCCGGCGAAAGUGUUAUUAAACAAGGGGAUGACGGUGAUAAUUUCUAUGUCAUUCACUCAGGCAUUUAUCAAGCCUGGGUGGCACCAGACCCAAGCAAGGAGGCCAAACUGAUUCACACCUAUCAAGGGUCGGGCAGUUUCGGGGAGUUGGCGCUCAUGUACAACAUGCCACGUGCGGCCACUAUCAUUGCACAAACGGACGGCUCACUAUGGGCAAUGGACCGGCAGACGUUCCGCCGCAUUCUCCUGAAGUCCGCCUUCAAAAAGCGAAAGAUGUACGAGAUCCUCAUCGACAGUGUGCCAAUGUUAAAGGCGUUGCAGAAAUACGAGCGCAUGAAUCUCGCAGACGCCUUGGUAUCGAGAACUUAUACGAAAGGUCAGCGGAUUAUAAAACAGAACGACGUCGCGGACGGAAUGUACUUCGUCGAGUCAGGAACUAUCAGUAUUAAAGUUAUGGACGACAGCGGGCAGGAAGUCGAGAUCAACACCGUCGGCAAGGGCGGUUACUUUGGUGAGCUAGCACUGGUCACUCAUCGUCCACGUGCUGCGUCUGCAUACGCCGCCGAAGAAGUGAAGGUGGCAUUUUUGGACGUGGAAACGUUCGAACGCCUCCUCGGGCCGUGCAUGCAGAUCAUGAAGCGCAAUAUUCACGAUUACGAAGAACAGAUGCUCAAAAUCUUCGGAUCACAUCAGAACAUCCGCGACAUUCGAUGAAUUGCCAGCCUUUUUCAAAUCCAAAAUCUCCUAAUUGUAUUCACAUUAAAUUAUUACGUGGGGGCGCAGUAAAAAGCGGCGGGUUGCAGUUUCAAUCAAUGAAGGGUGUGCGAGUCAACUACUAGUCAAGUGUACAUAAUCGCAAAAUGCAGAUGAACCUUUUGUGCUUAUCAUGUAUGUGUACUACCGGCCGUGCUCAACCAGCACGCGCGCGGCGCCACUGCGGGUCAGUGGGCUCGAUGCUCGCGCUGCCGCGCGGCCGAUUCGUCUGUAUGUGUGUCCAAAAAUCCAACUGAGUGUUAAAUUUACCACAUAACUUAUAUUAUCGAGUGCAACCCUUCAUGUGUAUUGUAUCAAAACAAAAAAUUUCAAUAUUGAACAUCGUCGCAAUCGAAUUACAACGUUCCGCCAUAUUUUUAAAUUUAAGUUUAUGAGUUAUUAUCGAUCUGAAGAGAAAUUUACAUCUGCUGGUCAUGUUAAUGCGACACAUAUCAUUCUAACGCAAGAUAUUAAAUCUCAAAGCCAGCAGGUGGGAUCUAUAUUAUACAUUAUUUUGUUGUUGACUUUUAUUUGGAGUUUUAUGAGUAUGUAUUUCAAGUUAUUUAUGACGUUUAUCUCAAAGAGAGAGAGAGAGAGAGAGAGAGAGAGAAAAGUACAAAGCAAGUUAAGAACAAUCUUUAAUAUGUUGUUUAAAUGUUAAUUAAAGCCAUAAUUCUUUCAAUUUAACGCGGAGACAUGUGCAACUGAAUGUAUUAUCAAAGAUCUGACGUAAUUACGCCAACCGAAAACGUAACAGUGCAAUAUUAUUUCUUAUUCAGACUGCUUUCUUUUUUUUAAAUCAAAAUUAUAAGAAAUCAUUAAUUGGAUAUAGAAAAUAAGAAAAUGACCUGCUCAUCAGACACAAAUAUUUGCAAUUCGUAUUGUUGUAUCCAAUGAGAAAUAUAUUCAACCAAUAAGUAUCAAAAUGAGAUUAAUUACCAUCAUAUUGCACAGAUUUCACACAAAAAUCGUCAGGAAGCAAUAUUUUCUAUUCGCUGUGAUACGAAUUGCAAAUGAAUUUCCGUCGACAUGAAGGCAGAAACAAAACUAUAAUGAAUGGAAAACUAUUAAGGCUGUUUAUAAUAAUAAUGUAUUAUAAUAUUUAUCAAUAAUUAUUGAAUAACUACUAUGGUUCGAAUGAAAUGAAAAGAAAGUCCAAUGCCUUUAUAUUAAAUCACUAAUUAAUAUGAAGUCAAACAUGUAUUAGAGAAAAUAUUGCAAGAAAGAUGAGAAACUAUUUAUUUUCAAAACGCAGAAAUGUAUUGGUAGCAGUAUGGCAUUAUAUCGGUUCGAGUACGAAAUUAAAUCAUCCAUUGAUAGCACGAGAGUAUCAUUAUGAAAUUGUUAACAAAUAGCAACUGGUGGAUUUUCAUAUCAAUAGGUAUCAGGUGAGCGGUUAAAUUUUAUAGUAUUUAAUUGUAUUAUGUAAGCAAAUGAAAUUGAUUAACCCUGUGUUUGCGUUCGCAGUAAAUUGGUCGCGGAGCUUAUUAGAUCCUAAGUAUCUCACUCACCUCUAAUUUCAUGUAGCUCUUAUAAUAAUCGGUACUUUUUGCAUAUAAUUACGAAACCACCACCAUCACAAACACUACCCUGCUGUACACUAAUGAGCUCCGUCUGAUAAAAAUAUUAAUAUUCGCACACAGUUCUAAUAUUUAAAUGUUUAGUAAUGUAAUAGCUAGGUGUAUAUUGUAGUGGCUUUGUCAGUAUUUUCACUGUCCGAUAAAAAGUGUGGUUGUUGAUGAUAAUGAUAUGACUUGACGAGACUUGAUUGAUCGAACGUAAUACAUCAACCGUUAUGAUAAUAUUUUCGAAUGCGAUUUGAUCUAUUGGGGGAUGCGGAUAGAAAAUUGAAGCGAAUGUGAAACGAUCUGGGUUCAUACUAUAUGUUUAAUUGUCACGUUGAAUGUUGAUUGUUUAUCGUGGUAAACGUUGCCCCUCCCCCCAUGAAAAAUAAUAAUAUGAACUUGAAACUUUUUACUUUGGACAGCAUUCACAUUUCUAAACUAAGCAUAUACUUUCGGUGAAUAUCGUAAAUAAAAACACUGUAAUCAUAACUAUCAACAAAAUGAAACGUUUGUACUUUAUAACUAAAAGAAACUGCACGAUUUUGAGUUGGAAUUGGUUUAGUUCUUAUUGUGUCUUUAUCGUAUUAUCGAAUAUUAUGUAAGUAACCAAAUGCGCACUAUCCACAAUAAUAAAAUUAUAGAUUUGCAAUGAUUGCAAUACGCCCAGUUGAAGCGAUGAUUUCAAGUAGUUACGUAAAUUUGAGUUGAAGGAAUUUUCGAUUCUGAAUGUUUGCCAUAUUAUGAAUUGUCACCUUAUUAUAUGCCAUAAUAUUCUAAACACUUGAGGGCCAGCCUGUUGGUCCGCCGACAACAACCUGUCUGAGAUUCCUUAGUCAUAUGUACUGCUUCCACGAUGAUGACUAAAUGAGCUUAUUAAAAUUAAA